UAACAUGGUUAUUCAAUCAUUUAUUACACGCAAGCCAUAACCCAGGUUGUACUAGUUCCAGAUAGUGACCGCGGAACUGUGACAAUCUGGACCGUUUUUCACAUGACCAAUCAAACGAGUUUUCCUGAUAAAGCUCCGCCCGCCGAGUCUCCGUUACAAAUAGCACAUGACUAGGAUCAACGGAACAUUUCAACAAAGACCAGUCGUACUACACAGAGGUGUGCUUUGCUUGUUAUACUCUGGACUUUACACAGCUUAUCAUUUUGUGUUUGGAUUACUUUACAAUACACCAUGACUCUUACUUCGAUGUCGACAAUAACGGAAAACACUGAAAUGAAAUCUGGCGAUAUUGGCCACGCAUUGAAGCAGUGCCUGCAGCAAGCGAGUUUGUCACAUAGAGUUACAUGUGGGGUGUUCGAGUGUGCCAAACUGUUGAGCUGUAACCCUGACAACGUGAUGUUGUGUAUCCUACCCGAGGCAGACAACGCUAAUGACGUCACUGUACACAUCCAGCACACGCUGAUCAAAGCCUUCUGCUGGGAAAACGACAUCAAACUUAUCAAGGUUGAUUCUGCAAUAAAACUGGCCACGAUAUUGAAUGGAAGUCAGGAACCAAAAAAUGACAAUAUCCCCCCAUGCACCAUUACCUCCAGUGACGUCAGCUCCCUUCUUUUGGAGUUUCCACAAGACACGUGUAGUAUGGAGGACACAGCAGUUUGCGAGUUUUUCGAGAGAGCGCUUAACAGCAACGUGACCUCCAAUUUCGUUAUCGAGCUACCCGUCUGAACAUUGAUCCAUAACUAAGAGAAAUCAGCACUUAUCAGAGGAUCCCAAACUCUGUAUCAUCGCAACAUUACGAAAUGCACGCUGCAAGACUUCUGGGCGAAGGCUUACAAGCAUCCAUAGCACUGUCGGUAAUAUGACGCCACUAAAUGACGUCACAUGGUACGCGACUGACACCAGAUGGAGCUGAACACGCUUUGCCAGACGAGAAGACGACCAAGAUCAUUUCAUCCGUGACAAGAUCAACAGUAGAGCAAAUCUGUGCUCGCGUUUAAUUGCUUAUGGACUACGAAGGACAUGUUAGGUAUAGGCGAAUAUGAACAGACGAACUUUCACAAUAAGGACAAUCAAGUGCACAAGACCAUCAUCGGUAUAAAAACAUACGAGUUAUGUUCAGCAUCAUCAUCUUCACUAGAGAGACGGUUUUGCAAGACUGGUUUUAGACUUAAGAGGGACCAGUCUGGUGGAAAGAUACAACUUUUAACUGUGAACAAUUGAUUUUCGAACAAUGAUUCUCAAAGGAUGAUGAUUCCAACUGCACUGCUAGAACAGAAAUAUUCUUGAAAAUUACUCAUUUGUUCAUGCAAUAUUGUACGUCGUAUAUGAAUAUUCAUGAACUUGACGACAAGCCAUAAUGAACCAACCACAUGAAUAUGUAUGUAGGUGUGAAAUAAGUAACGAUCGGAGAGUUACUGAUUGUAAAAAAAUGUCAAAUAAAUGAUGAAUCGGAA